UAUAAUACGUUUAGUCGUUUACGUUGACGCAAUCGUUGCUCAAUUUUGUUAAAGUAAAGUUGAAUGUGCGUGUGUCUACUCGAAGUUUUCAAUACCUAUACUUUAAGAUAGGUACUCAGUACUCACUGAGUUUAAAAGUUUAAUUCUGGUCUUCAAUUUGCUGAAAUGAGAUCCAAAUCAUUAACUAUCGUUUUUGAUAGUCCAGAUCGCAUUUAUCUCCCUGGAGGAAUUGUGAAAGGAAGAGUAGAAAUUGUGCUCCAUUCUGAACUGAAUAUUAGAGGAGUUAAACUCAAGAUCAUAGGAGAAGCUAAAUGCGAAUGGAUGGCAGGCAAGACUCCCGUGCGGUCAAGAGAGAUCUAUCUCAAUAGUGAACUGACUUUAGUCGGAGGAACUGGAACGAAAUUAAAAUUGCCCGUGGGACAAUAUUCUUAUCCAUUUACUGCAUUGUUGCCAUCUGAAAUUCCAUCCUCUCUUGGUAGUACAUAUGGUGAAAUAUUAUAUUAUAUGAAAGCGAAAAUUGAUAUUCCAUUUGCUUUCGAUUACAAACAUGAAGCCAAAUUUUUUGUUUUGAAUCUUGUAAAUUUGAAUUUAUAUCCGAGCUUGAGAACUCCAUACUCGGAAGAAAAAAGUAGAAAAUUUUGGUUCCUGCGCUGGAAAAGUGGGCCUCUCACCAUGGUUGUGCAUUUACCUAAGACUGGCUUCUGUUCAUCAGAACGCAUUCCGUUUACUAUAAAAAUCGAUAACGCAAGUGACGUCGCAGUGCGUGCGAUUCAUGUUCAUUUGAAACGGAAAUUAAAAUGGACAGCGGGCAAACAUUAUAUAGAGGAAAAAACUGAACUCCAAAAAUUACGUUUUGAUGGCGUGAGAGAAGGCCAAUCCAACAUAGUCAGCGGAUAUUGCUCGAUUCUCCAUGAUAUUUCAUUUCCUAACUUGGAGCAUUGUUCGAUCAUUCAUAUAAGCCACGAAUUACACAUUGUAGCUGAAUCCACAGGAGCGCAUUUAAACCUGCAUAUUCGAAUUCCUAUCACAAUCGGCGAUAUUCCUCUAUCUGAAGAUCGCAACUUUUCCACCAGUCCUGAGAAUACGGGUUCUGUUCCUUCAAAUGACGAUUCCCCUUCAUCUACUUCGCUACAUAAUAUUGAACAAAUGCCUCAGAUUUCUGCUGAUGCUCAAAGAUAUCCUCGGCCGAAUUAUCCGGGUGUUGUGAAUCCAUCGCCAAAGAGGGUAGUCCGAGUACAGGAGCCUCAGACUCGGUCCAGAAUUGCGCAUAGUGCUACUUUUGUUUGCUCGGAAAGUACUGUGUACCUAUGUAGAAAAUCAACCAGGGUGAUCAGGAGGUACAACCAAGACCUCCUCUAGUAAAAUCAACAUCAACUCAGCCAUCAGCCACGAAUCUCGAGCAUUCCCAGCAGGAAAGUCUUCCUUUUGAGACUUGUUCCACUAUCGCCGAUAAUGUUACUUUUCUUUGUUCGGAAAGUACUGUGUACCCAAUGUGGAGAAUCUAACGUUUGUAAAUGACUGCGUACAAAUCAUGUUACUGGAAAAUAGUGGACAAAACUGAUAUGCAUUAAAUUUUGUUCUAAACUCAAA